AAACUCCGCCGCCGCCGCACAGAAGUCUGGCUGGUGGGUGCAGCUGAGCCUGCCCUGCCUGCGCCGCUCUCGCCUGCGCUCCUCCAGCCGGCCAGCCACAGCCCCCUGCUGCCGGGCUUCUAUGUGGACGGACCUCCAGCCCCGCGCCGCCCUGCUCUCGCCCGCCCUUCUGCCGGCCACCCCUGCAGCGCCCAGGCCCCGACUGGCCGGGGUCGUCUUCAGGCUGCAGCCGACAGCCUCGCGGAGGGCAUGGGGGCUUCCCACUCCAGGUCGGAGGAGAUCCGGGAGCUGGCAGACAAAACCGGCUUCACGUCAGAUCAAAUCGAGCACCUCCACCGAAGAUUCAAACAGAUAAGUGGGGAUCAGCCAACUAUCCGCAAGGAAAACUUUGAUCGCAUCCCUGACUUGGAGUUCAACCCCCUUAGGACCAAAAUCAUCCAGGCCUUUUUUGACAAAAGGAACCUCCGAGAGGCAUCUGAAGGACUGGUGGAUGAAAUCAAUUUUGAGGACUUCCUGAUUAUCAUGUCCAAUUUCAGACCGAUUGAGAUGAAUAUGGAUGAAGAGCAGCUGGAUCGUUUCCGCAAACAGAAGCUGAAAUUCCUCUUUCACAUGUACGACUCAGACAGCGAUGGGAAGAUCACCCUGCAGGAAUACAGAAAAGUGGUGCAGGAGCUGCUCUCGGGGAACCCCCACCUGGAUAAGGAGUCGGUGAGGUCCAUAGCGGAUGGGGCCAUGAUGGAGGCUGCCAGCAUCUGCAUGGGGCAAAUGGAGCCAGACCAGGUGUAUGAGGGAAUCACAUUCGAAGAUUUUCUGAAGAUCUGGGAGGGAAUCGAUAUCGAGACCAAGAUGCAUGUCCGCUUCCUCACCAUGGAGCCAAUUGCGCCUUGCCAUUAACCAAAGAGAAGCUGUGAUGGAAGUGCCGGUGCCUUUGGAGCGACCCAGGACAGAAUGUCGGGUGGUCGAUACGGGUAGACGGGGGAUUGGCCUCUCCCAGUGCUGCAGGGAUACAGGGCAGUUGCUUGCUACAAAGUCUGUGCUGCUGGUUAAGGGGAUGAUUUUGAGGCUGAUACUUCUAGCCUAGCUUUGCAGAUAUCCCCUCAACCCAAAUAUGUUCACGUUUGACUCACCAAUAGUGACAUGCAAUAAAGUAGGAUUGUUUUUAGUUCUUGGCAGUGGCCUGUUUAUUCUUCCUGUGAUCUUGUUUUGCCUCACAGGUCUGUGAACUCACAGGGUUCUGUAAAGCCCUUCAUGGUACUAGGCGCCAUGUAUCUAAAGGUCCGUCUCCCCACAUAUAUAUAAAUCAAAUCAAAUCAAAUUCCUACGUACCCAUUGCAAUCCUCUGGUUGUCACCUUCUCACUGGUGCCUUCUUAAGGUUGAGCACAUGGUAUCUACUAUGGCUUGUUAUUUUCAGGAAUUGUCCCCAUCUUCUGGAGGGGACUUGGGGUUGUGGGGGGAGGCACAGAAGUUUUCAGGAGGAGUUAGUUAUAAGGCUAUUUAUGUCUAAGGGCUUUUAAUGCAUGUUCUGUCUCGGGUGGUGGUGAUUAAGGGGUUUUAUUGUAAUGUACUGUUUUAGUUCUGAAUUGUAAGCCAUCUUGAACCACAAGGAAAUGGUGGUAUAUAACAAUUUUAAUAAAUAAUAAAAGUCUAAUAUUCCA